AUGCCAAAUGUUAUGCUUGCGGAAAAAUGGGCCACAUUAGGAGAGUAUGUAAACAAACUCGUUGCAAUCUUACAGUCAAAUGCUUCAAACGACACACACCUUGUGCUCUCUCUACGUUCGGAAGGCCCAACCACCCAAUUUCUGUACCGAGAUGUGACAUUACAAUCUGGUACAACUCACAAAUUUAUUGUUGACACGGAAAGUACGGAAUCUAUUAUUUUUAAUGCUGUGCUUCGAUCCAUGUGCCCCCAAGCAAAACUCCAACCGACAUUCAUGCGAAUUCUUGGUGUAACUGGACACCAAUUGCCAUUGAUUCGCGAGGUUUCAUUGACGGUUCACUCAACAGAAAAUCGCCUUGUCCCAAUCCGCUUCCUUAUUGCGAAAAAGAGUCCAUCCAUACUUGGCCUAACUGCAAUUCGCGCUCUGAACCAUUCUAUGUCGCUCCAUACGAGUUCCCUGCCCAAUGUGCACACCCGUCUACAGCGACUGAUUGUGCAAUGUUCAAAUAACACAGGAAGCAUGAAAGUUCGACUGGCCAAACUGGAAGUUGAGGGAGAACCUAUCUUUUUGAAACGCCGUGUCAUCCCCUAUGGCCGGCGUGAAGGUGUAUUGAAAGCUCUUGAGAAAAUGGAGCAUGACGGCAUCCUCACUCGAGUAAUAUCCAGCGCGUGGGCAACACCAAUUGUGAUCACAAUUAAAAGCGAUGGUAAGACACCAAGAAUUUGUGAUGACUACAGACUAACACUCAACCUCCGGCUGCGAAAGUGUGCGACCACUACCAUGGAACCAGAGGAUUUCAAGAAAGCUUUGCAUGGCAGCACAUGUUUUUCGAAGAUUAACUUGGCUGACGCCUACCUCCAGAUCUCGCUUGAUCCCGCAUGCCGCUAA